CCCGCUCGCGCGAACACGCGAGGCAGUCGGUGUCGGAAGAUGACGUCGAGAGGCGACCGUCGGGCAAGAUGUCGCGUGGAAAAUUGCGGGCAGCUCUGUGGACAGCCGCGCUACUGGCGUGCGCGGGCGCGCAAUCGCACCGCCCGUCCGUUCCGAGUGUCACCAAGCACCUGAACCACGGUCCCAACGACCUUACGCUGAGCUACUCGAUCGACGAGGCCGUGAGCUUCGCGCACGCAACCUGCCGUCGUCGCAACGAGCACGAGUACUCCGGGGGCGUCGGGCGCCCGUGCAAAAGGUGCAGACUGACCGUCGAGACGAGCACGCCCGCCGGCAGGAGUUUCGCGCGGAGCUGCGACCUGAAACUGCAUCCGAUAUGGACCGGCGGCAGUGUCGCGAGGCAGUUCAAGUUGGUGCGCUUCGCCGACGACCAGCUUGUGCUCGUUUGGCGCGAGAUCGUCGAUCGGUCGCCGAUGAGGCGACGUCGUUACAUUCCGUAUCCGGUGCUCUUCGAAUACCACAAGGACCACUUGCGCGUGGAGGUGGUGCGCAUGAAGAGCUGCGAGACUGACAAGUACCAGCUGGUCAGCGAGCAGCGAGAGAAGAUUUACGAGCCGGCGAUCUGCGGCAUCACGGCGGACGGUCGCGAGAGCGAGGGCGAAUGCGAUCAAACGAAGAGCCAAACGGAGAUCUACGCCGAGGACGAGAGGCAAAUUCACAACCUGAACGUGGUGGUGAACGGAGCCGAGAGUUUCGAUCUGUUUUUCCGCAACGAGAAUCUCUGCGGCAGGGACAAGCGGUGCAAGGUCACUUACGACUCGCGCAGCGGCCAAUUCAGUUCCGUCGCAGUGGCAGCGCUCGAGGCCAAGUACGACGCGACGAUCGAGAUUUAUCCGAUAGUCGGGGAGCGCCGGUCGACGAGCCUGCUGGCCUACGCCGUCCGGAGCCUCUGCCUCGACGAGGGCACCGUCACGCUCGUCUCUGCCGACGGGCGCAAACUGUUCGAGCACUCGUACUCGUGGUCGCCGUUCGAUCUCCGAAGAGGCAUCUCCGCGAUGGCGAUGUCGGCGAUCGAGGAGAGCCUGGGGAUCUGCCAGCAGCCGACCGGCGAGCCGGUUAUUCAGUGCUCCUUGUUCGACGCCGGAGGCAGAGGCUUGAUAGGCGUCGACAUCGCCCUCAAAUCUUCACAAGUAGCCGUCAUCGAGAUGCGCAAUACAUUCGACGGCGGCUUCUUGCUGCUCGUCGGCUAUGGAAACGCUUCGACUGCCAAUGGCCUGGAAGCGUUGGACGUGCUCAGGGUGGACUCUAGGGGCGAAUUGGCGAGCGUACACGCAGCCAAGAGUUACAAGUGCUGGCGCGACAGGUCAGGUGUAGACGUUGGCUUGAUCGAGAAGAGUGCCACGCAAGUUUGCUACUACAUGGCUUGCACUUGGCCGAUGCCGAAGGUGGACGUAGACGAGGCUCACUGGCAGCUGUUUGGCGAGUGUUUUUCAUGACGAACCGAAGAAGGGACCGCGACAAUGACGCAGGCUUAUUUCUUCUACGGUCAUAUGUAUCACCUUAUUUUCAAGUUGUUGACUCUUGGGUUAGGUUAGGGACUCCUGCGGUUAUUACAUUUGAAAUGCGAUCGUGAUCACCCUGUACACGUCAAACAAUGGAUUGUCCAACGAUCGUAUUCGCGUAUUGUCUACAAUUGUAAAGCUAUCGAAUAAGGCCAGCUCGUCGUGAAAUAUGUCAAAACGACAGAGUAAGUAUUUGGGAACAAGUCACGAGAAACACAGCGAUAGGAGCAAUCGAUGCGUCUCGCGAGAUAAGACAGAGAGGGUCGUUCAUCGGUUGAAGAGUUUUUAUUGCCACUGCUCACUUUUUGUGAGAUAUGAUUGGCGCGUGUUGAACGAAUGAUUUAUUACAUUUCAGCAACUUGUUAAAUUUCUUCGAUUCCUUGGAUUAAUUUGGCUUCUUUCGAAAUUUCUUUUCCAAUUAGGUUGAACAUAAAGAAAAGCUCUCAAAACAAAUUACGCAACGAGAUCUCGUCGAUAGAUUUCUUCAUUGCUUUGGUAGUUCUUGCAUUUGAAAGUUUCGA